UUUCCCCCGGAAACUGCCUAUCGGGCUUCUACGGCGCAAUGGGAGAAAAAGGCCAGUACAUCCCACCCCUCAUUGGGUGGAUGUAUGAUUUGGUCCUUUGGACAUUCUCCGUGCUCAUCGACCUGUUCUUCCGCGAAGUCCACCCCCGAGGCUCAUGGAAGAUUCCCCGCCGCGGUCCCAUCAUUCUGGUGGCAGCUCCCCAUGCAAACCAGUUCGUGGAUUCUUUGGUGCUGAUGCGCGUCAUUCGCAGCGAAGCGCAUCGUCGGAUCUCAUGGCUUAUCGCUGACAAAUCCUUCAAACGCAAGUUCAUCGGGUUUCUAGCGAGAGGAAUUGGGACACUGCCCGUGGCACGUGCGAUGGACAACUUGAAACCGGGGACCGGCACCAUCUAUCUUCCCGACCCGAUCAACGAGCCAACUCUGUUGCGAGGUGUAGGAACCAACUUUGAAGGAAAAGGCUUCGAAAAGGACGGAACUAUUGCUCUACCUACCAUCAACGGAACGUCACACAGUACAGCGAUCGCCGAGAUCAAGGGACCGGAGGAAUUGGUGCUCAAGAAGGCUUUCAAGCACAGGGAUGCGCUAGCUCAGCUUACUGGACGGGAAGAUAUUGAUCGCGAUGGGAAUUUCACUGGAGAUGCAUCCAAGCAGAAUCCGGACUUCAAGGGCACCAAAUUCAAGGUUGCUCCGCAUGUGGAUCAGACCGCAGUCUAUGAGGCAGUAUUCAAAAGACUGGGCGCAGGAGGCUGUGUUGGUAUCUUCCCUGAAGGUGGAAGCCAUGAUCGCACUACACUGCUUCCCCUAAAAGCUGGUGUCGCUCUGAUGGCUCUAGGCACCCUAGCUGAAAACCCGGAUUGUGGUUUGAAGAUUGUACCUUGUGGCAUGAACUAUUUCCAUGCCCACAAGUUCCGCUCCAGGGCUGUCAUUGAGUUUGGUACUCCAAUUGACAUUCCCCCAGAAUUGGUGGAGCAGUUCAAGCAAGGUGAACGACGGGAAUCUGUCGGUGCUUUGCUGGAAAUCAUCUACGGAAGUCUCGUCUCGGUCACUGUCACUAGUCCCGAUUAUGAGACUCUUAUGGUUAUCCAAGCUGCCCGUCGUCUGUACAACACUAAAGGCAAAAAGCUUCCUCUUCCUAUGGUUGUGGAGCUGAACCGCCGUCUUGUGAAAGGUUAUGCCCACUUCAAAGAUGAUCCCCGGAUCGUCAACCUACGCAAGUCUAUUGUAGGAUAUAACAAACAGCUUCGUCUUCUCGGAAUCCGGGAUCACCAAGUGGCCUAUGCCAAGUUCUCCAUCUUGCAGGUGGUGGCUACGUUGAUUUACCGUCUAGGCAAAUUAGCACUCUUGGCCAUCGGCACGCUCCCCGGUUUCCUGCUCUUUACCCCCGUUUUCAUCGCGACCAAGCACCUCUCGGCAAAGAAGUCCAAGGAAGCGCUGGCUGCUUCUACAGUGAAACUUCAAGGCCGAGAUGUUAUGGCCACAUGGAAGCUUCUUAUUGCCCUUGCAUUUGCUCCGGCACUCUAUGCCUUUUACACUGCUUCCUUCACUUAUUGGACGUAUUCGAAUCGAGUCAAUGGAAUAGUUCCAGACUGGGUGCCCCUUUGGUCCGUAGUGAUGAUUGGCAUGGUGCUCUUCCCCACAAUUACAUUUGCAGCUCUUCGGAUCGGUGAAGUGGGCAUGGAUAUCAUCAAGUCACUUCGCCCGCUUGUUCUAUCUCUGAACCCAUCAUCAGCCAACACGCUGGUGAAACUUCGAGAGAGACGUGCUGCACUGGCUCAGCAAGUGACAGACGCGAUCAAUACCAUGGGACCUGAGCUGUUCCCCGACUUUGAUGCCGCUCGGAUUGUCACCGAUCCGUUCCGAGAAGCGAGCAACAUUGAUACCAAGACCGAAAACGAAGUGCCGGAGAUUAGAAGAACCAGCGUGGCAGAGCAUGGUGCGAAAAUGCCCUCUUCAGAGCCACUGCCCCGCAACGAGUCCUUCCACAACCUGGCCAAUAUUGGCUUCUUCUCCACACAACCUCCUAGUCGUGAUCGUAGCCGCAGCAGAUCUGCUAGCGGCCGACCUGGGUCUCGGCACGGGCUGAAGCCGCUCAGCUCUCUCAGCUCUCUCACCCCAAAAGACCCGCUUGAGGAUGUCAGUUCACGGAUUCGUGAUGCUAUGAGAGAGCGUGGAGAGCGUCGUCGGCGUCGAAGUGAAGAUGGAAGCUGGGAUAUGGCCAGCUCAGGCCCUGGGACUCCAUCCAGCACUGAGGAGUCCCGAAAAGAACUUUGA